UUUCCUGAAGUCUCGACAACACUUUGUGUUGCGUGUGACAGCACAAAUUAGCUUCUUAUACGUUUCGUACACGUUUAUCAUAAAUAUAAACAACAACAACCAGGAGAAGCGUAAUCCACGGAGGUGUGAUGUUUAGGAUAUUUGGUUGUCAGCAAUAUUUCUGUUAAAGAUGUCCUAUGUGCUCAAAUACACUUGGCAGGAUGAUCAAAAGUCAAGUGGAUGAAUUCAUUACUGUGAGAGUUCAGGAUCCCCGCGUGAUGAAUGAGGGAUCCUGGAACUCGUAUGUGGACUUCAAGAUCUUUCUUCAUACCAACAGCAAGGCUUUCACAGCUAAAACCUCCUGUGUGCGUCGGCGAUAUAGUGAGUUUGUGUGGCUGAAGAGGAAACUACAGAAGAAUGCUGGUCUGGUACCAGUUCCUGACCUACCCGGAAAGUCUUUUAUCCACUUUAACAACACCGACUUCAUUGAAAAAAGGAGAAAGGGUUUACAGACCUUCCUAGAUAAGGUAGUGCACAUGACAGUGUGUUUGUCAGACAGCCAGCUCCAUCUGUUUCUACAGACUCAGCUUCCUGUUGGUCACAUUCAAGAUUGUGUAAAUGGUCACACUCCUUUUAGUGUGACUGACGCCAUUCUAACUUAUGCCUCGUCCAAUCGUGGCUGGGCUCAGGAGGAAGGGGGCGGGCCCCUGGAGACAUGCCCAACACCAAUUUCUUAUGAAUCAAUUGAGAGCCCAUCUCCAAAUGUUCACGCUUUACAAGAUCAAGAAGGAGCUGUAGAUGAACCUGACCUGGACUCCGUUGACAUAAGCUUGAUGGAAGAUGACACAACUGUACAUAAUGCAGCUCACAGAGACGGCCAAGCAGGAAGAAUACAGGACACAGAGAGUUGUGGGCACCUGGAGGUAGAGGUCCAUCAGUAUACUCCUGUGUUAGACACUCAAAAUACUAAAGAAGGAAAUGAUCUCAGUAUAAUAGAUGAGCAAACACAAAUACAUGUAAACACCAAGGACACCAAUGCUAAUGGAGUUGGAUAUGUGCUCUCUCAGGCCCCCAGUGUAGCAGAUAAUUCUCAGCCAAACCAUUUAGUUAAUAAUAAAAAAUUGGCCAACUUUUUUUUCUAACCAUAUUUGCACUUUUGAGAAGCAUGCUUAUGUAUAAUAAUUUAACCUUAACCUAACACUGCUUUUCUGUGAAUACACUACAUUAAAAAUCUUGGUCACUUUGGGUCUUUAUUAACAUGCAGACCUAAGCUUUUUCUCAGCUAACUGCUUAUAUGUGGGUCAAGCAAGAUCAAAGAACAAAUUACGUGACGACUGGAAGUCACUGAGACGGCAUUGGUGAACAAAGUAAGUUGUCUGUUAUCAUAACGAUUCUGCUUAGCUGACUAGACAGUGUGGAUUUUUUGUGCACAUUUUACAAACAAGGUAGAAUCUGAAUACAUAUUUGAGAAGUUGAAGGUUAGUGGAAGUCCUGAUCGUGUGAAUAAAGCUGAUGAACUAAAAUAUACAAUAAUGGAAGAAAUAAUUAAUGUUGUCAGCAAAUCAGAAAAAUAAAAGAAUAAUAAUAAUAAGUUCAGAAGUCAUGCGCCCCAGGGACAAAAGAAAAUCUUUGGACACCAAUGAAACGAAUAGGAUUGUUUUUCAGACUGCUGAGAAGAAAGAUAACCAGGUGUUUAGGCUGCCUGGGAAGCAUGACACAGAGUAAACAAAUAUCAAGGGGCAAAGUUAAAACCUAAGUUCAUAGUGUCCAGGCUUUUAGAGACUCCAGUAAUGUUUUUUUUUUCUUUCUCUUUUCAUUUUUUUCCUGCUCAGCUGUAAACUCAUGUAGGUUGAAAUCUUGAAGAUGUUUCACUUUCUCAGUGAGUGUACAAAACGGGGUGGGUGAUCAUCCUCUCAUUGAAACAAACUUGAACUGCAUGUUUGAUAAUUGUGAUUUAGUGUAGAUUAAUGGGAGAGAGGAUUUUUAGGAAAUGGGACACGUGCAAUCUUUGGAACAGUGUUCUCCUCAGUAUACAGGAGAUCCAGGUGGAGUGCAAUCAACACCGUAAUUAUUGGCACCUAUUGUAAAAGUUUUACAUUUUAAAGUUACAGUUAUUUACUCCCAAGUCUCACAAACGUGAAUUAGUAAAACGAAAGUACCCCAGAUAUGUGUAUAUAUAGGUAUGCAGAUGUGGGGAAAAAUUACUCAGUUUCCUGAGAUCACACGACACCCUGAUUCAGCAUGGUAGAGGCAAUCAAUUUUUGGGCUAAAACUGCAAUUAAUCGCUGGUUCAUCAUCAUCAUCAUAUUUUAUAAUAUUCAGCCUACUUUUGUCACCAAAUGCACCAGUAAUGGUUUUGAUUUUAGAUUCCUGUGAAAAUAACCAUACAAUUCAGUUGUUCCAUUGAGCUCAGACACUAUUUUGUGGGUUGUGCUCAGUUGUGCUCUAUUAUGCUGCCUUUAAAAAUAUAACUGUGUCUGAUUACCUGGAACUCAAUAACCUGAUAACUUUGCGGACCUCACCAUCUUCUUUACUAUGCAUGGGGGGAACAAGCACAUGUAUUCACCUUUGAGCACUUUUGCCAUUGUUACAUUCUUUUAGCUGAUUAACUGAUAUUUCAUUAUGUUUAUGUAUGGUUUUUUUCCUUGUAACUUAGUUGGUGUAGGUCAGCGUCUAAUUCCAGCUGAAAGAUGUUUGUUUUUCAGGCAGAUGAUAAAGUAAAGUACCAAACAAUUCAACUGUUCAGCUGAAGAAAUACAGAACCUAGAUGAUGAGAUGAAUUUCAUAGCUUUUUUUUUUACUAUUAUGAAAGUCAUUAUGUUCUGAAAAAAAGAUGUAAGAGUUUCUAAUGAAGGGUGCCAGUAAUUCUUGGGUUGACUGUAUGGUGCUGAUUAUUACAGGGAAUUAAAUAUUUUGUAUACUGCAUGCUUGUUUUUUCUUCUACCGUGAUGCUAGUUACAUAAAUUAGUGACUACAUUACACUAGUGACAUUCAGGUCACAGCGCAUCAUGGGUAGUUACUUGAUUUCUGGGCUGCACUGAAUAUUUCUUCAUAAUGUUUUCAGACAUGGCUAUAAAGGUGGCAAACCUGUAAAAAAAAAAAAAAAAAGAGUAUAAUAUAUUGUUAAUAAGGUGCAACCAAAAAUAUAAUUUCAGUGCCUAUAAAACCAGUGCUUCAUAUGAAGCAGUUCAAAGCAGUAUGUGGAACAAUCUAAUAAACCUCAAUCCAACAGAAUGUCCAAUCAUUGAUGGAAGGGGAAACAACUCGCAAAGAUGAGCACACUUCACACUCUGUUAAUUGUCUGGCUAAUAUAAAAUUAUUAAUUAACCAUAAGAGUAUGUACAUGUAUAGCAGAGUACAAUCUUCCAGAGCUUGACAACCUUCCGCAAAAUACAAGACACUGCAGAUGCUCUAGGAUGUAUGUUAGAAAUUGUUACAGAAUUAAUACAUUAAUUAGUACAGAAAUAAUAUUGUCUGCUGUGAUGAGUCUCAGUAGCUUCUGUUGGGAUUACAAGGUCAUAGAGUAAAGCAAGGCUUCAUGUGUCCUUCAUACUGCAUAAAGGGCACGUGGAAUUAAUAAUAAAUACAGAUUAAUUAAGGCUGCAUUGUGGAUGGAAUAUGAUAGUAUUGUGGCCCUAAUGUUUUGUACACUCAAUCCUGUAUGUAGGACUUUGUCUUCUUGGGAUAUUGGAACAUUCCUCUCUAUUGUAGUGCUACACUGCUUAUUUUACUGAUGAUUGUUAUAUAAUAUUGAGGCCACAGGAACAAUCUAGUCCAGUAGAUCGGUUGCUCUGGCUGAUUGGAAUGUUGCACAAAGCAGAAGCAUAUCAAUAUGUCUGGGGGAUAUACUGUAAGAGAACACAUGAACACAAUAUUCACAUAUUUAAUGAUGCUGUAUGCCCAGACUAAAAAAUACAAAAACAUACAAAAAUUCUAACAAUAUGUGAUUUGGAAUUUCAUGCUUAUUUUUAUUUUUAUAUUUUUUUUCAUAUUGUUGCUAAAUGUUGUUGUUUUUUUGUUUGUUUCAUUUCACUGGUUUACAAAUGGCUGCUUAUACUGUUCUAGGGAAAGGGAAAGCACUAACAGAAUAAUAGCAAAUGGUACUGUUUUCUUUCGACUACUAUUUCAGAGCAUAACUAUGACUACUGUUCUGUUAUUUUGAAAUUUUAUACUGCACAAUGUUUCUCUGGAUUAACUGUAUGGACUACAAAGUAGUACACUGUGUUUUAAAGCAAAUGAUAUUGUGCUAUUCAGAACAUUUCAUUUCACCAAUACUUUGGCUUUUUUUUAACCCAGAGUCUUCAUGUUGUGAUUUUUAAAAAUCUGUUUAAAAAAAGAAUGUAAGCGAGAGAAACUUAUCUGGCCUUCAAGGUUCUGAUAUUGGCUCUAUGUUCUAAUGAGAAAUAAAGAUAAGAAAAUAA